UAUGGUGGGUGUAGCAUUUUCUAUUUAAGACAAACUUUUUUUCUUCCGUUUCUAUUUCUUAGAAACUGCGAUCGAUGCAAUACCAUGAGGAUGUGGAGCCUUCAAAACCUGCUGUUCACCCUGUGCAUUGUUCUGAGCUGUGUGAGGAGCGCAGCAGGGUUGAUCCAUGUAUCUGGAUAUGAAGGGGGACAAGUUAAAGUUUCUUGUCCCUAUUGGGAGGGUUACGAGUCUUAUGAGAAGUACCUGUGCAAGAAUGACUGUGGCGACGAUGAUGUUCUUAUAACGACAACGCAAGCAAAUAAGAACAAAUACUCCAUCCAUGAUGACAAACAGAAACGAAUCUUCACAGCGACCAUCUCUGAUCUGAGUCGUAGGGAUGCUGGGAAAUACUGGUGUGGGGUGACCAGGAAUGGAAAGGAUAUCUACACUGAAGUAAAGCUGGAAGUAGGCCAAGAUAGCUGUUGUGAUGGAUCCACCAAAGUCCAAAGUCAUGAGGAGAGUUCGGUGUCCAUCAGUUGUCAGUAUGAGCCUAAGCACCAGAACGAUCUGAAGUACAUCUGCAGAGGAAACCAUCCCCCCACAUGUCUGGAGAAGGCGCUAAUCACCUCUGACAACACACAAAACGGACAGUUCAGACUCACAGAUGAAAAGAUGUUAAGGAAAUUCACGGUGACCAUUACCAGUUUGACCCAAGAUAAUUCUGGGCCGUAUCUUUGUGGUGUCCAUGGAAACACUGGCCUGGAUGUUUUCUCUGCUUUUGAGCUGGAAGUCAAAGAGUGGUGCUGUGUCAAGUCAAACAAACAGAGCGGCAUUGUGGGACGCCCAGUAACUCUGCAGUGUCCCUAUCCAUCACAACACAGGCAUAACAGGAAGUUCCUGUGUAAGGGAGACUACCGCAACAACUGCACAGACAUGGUGACGAGUCAAAGCAGGUUCAUGCUACAAGAAGAUUUUUCUUCCGGCUCUUUCUUGGUGACGAUCAGAGAGAUGAAAGCAGGGGAUGCUGGGACGUACUGGUGUGGUUCAGACUCACAAUGGAGUACUGGAAACUACACCAAGAUUCAGCUGUCAGUAGAGUGGUGCUGUGUGAAGUCAAACAAACAGAGCGGCAUUGUGGGACGCCCGGUAACUCUGCAGUGUCCCUAUCCACCACAACACAGCCAUAACAGGAAGUUCCUCUGUAAGGGAGACCACCGCAACAACUGCACAGACAUGGUGACCAGUCAAAGCAGGUUCAAGCUUCAAGAUGAUGAUUCUUCCGGCUCUUUCUUGGUGACGAUCAGAGAGAUGAAAGCAGGGGAUGCUGGGACGUACUGGUGUGGUUCAGACUCACAAUGGAGUGCUGGAAACUACACCAAGAUUCAACUGUCAGUCGGUACAGUCUUACCACAGCAGACCAGCACUGUGGUGGAACCUGUCGGAUCACAAUCAACACAUAUCCCUGGAAAACAGAUCGAUGAUGCAGCACCCUUUCAUCCUGUGGUUUUCAUUGUGCCCGCUGUGCUGCUCAUACUGACAUUUGCCCUGGUCAUGGUUUUUAAAUACAAAUGUUAUAAAGUGCGAGGAGCUGGAGCCAACGUGAACAGAAACAGAACCAAGGCAGCCCAAACAGAGGAAGUGAUAAGUGUAGCAGAUAUUUAUGCAAAUCAAGACAUAGCACUCUCAAAACAGAGGUCCUCCAAACCGCAAAGCGCCUGUCAACACUAUGAUGAUGCAGGUGAAACCCAUCAAGACUCUGUCUACCAAAACUACACCACAACAGAUGAUAUCUACUGUAAUCAAGUUCCUAUUAAAGCCAAUAGGAGAUGAACAGCAUGCACAUCUGUGACCAAACCUUGCAUUUUUGGGUCACAUCUGUACCCAAAUGAUCCUGUUUGUAUUGUCUUAAUUAACAGCUGACCAACACAUAUUCACUUUAACUUUGAUUUUACACUUUUUACGCUUUUACCUUUACGCUCAUUAUGAUUGCUUAUUGUUAAUAUAACAAACUGUUUAAAGGUAUAAUAUGACACAUUUGUCAGUUGGUUUGUAAAAACACCACAUACAAAGUUGGCCCCCUCCUCCUCGGCUCAACGAGCCAAGAGAGAGAGAGAGAGCAUUGAUGGUGGAGCGAGCUAUAGAGUGAAUGAAGAGAGGGAACGGCGUUAGUGAGAACAACGCAGAGAAUCAGAGAAAAAAAAAGUUAUUUUCUGAUUGUUUCACAGCGGUUACAUUCUAAAGCACACACACAAGCAGCAUCCUGUCCUCUGUGCUCGGUCUGUGUGCCUCCGUCAAACUGACACACCGAUAGCAGCACACAACAGCCACUGUACACAUUAGAGGAGAGACAGAGGAACAGGGGAACUCGCAGCGAUGUAAGAAACCCGUUCUCAUCCGUCAAAUACGGCCAGUUUGUAUCUUACAGAGCUAAAGGGGGAUUUGUGCCUCGGUAUCAGACGUCUAGGGGUGUGACAAAGUGGUGGUAUUUGACGACCACACACACCCUGCACGCUGUUAUUUGCUGUGGGUUACACCCCAACGUGGGGCCUAAAGGCUGUUUGCAGACGCACAGAAGCGUCCCAAACACAGCAAAAAGAAAAAGAAAAGAGAAAAUACAGCCAGAAGGCGGGGUCUCUGACACGACCACGCACUUCUAGUGGGUCAUAAGUGAUGAUUGAGAGGGGUUAUUUUGUAUCAGUCCAUGCAUUGUUUUUGAGAAGAUGUCUGUAUAGUAUGCCUUUAACACACCUGCACUCCUUAUAAGACAUUGUAGAUAACCAUUUCAGCUAAAUACUCUAAAUGUAAGUUACUUUCAUGUAUAUAUGUACCUUUAGUAAAAGUGAAUAAAUAAAUAAAAUAAACUAGAAAAGCCA